AUGCCAGUAUUCGGUAGAUCAAAUGAACAAACACAGUUCCUUGAGGCCUUGAAACUCUACGAAUCUAAGAGUUACAAAAAGUCAAUCAAGAUUUUGGAUGGCACUCUGAAAAAGGAUUCUGCUUUUGUGGACGCUUUGGCGUUAAAGGGGCUUGAUCUAUUGUCUCUUGGUGAAAAAUCAGACGCCGAGAGCUAUGUCAAAAACGCCCUCAAUAAGAUAGAGGGCACCACUGCUUCACCAAUCUGUUGCCAUGUCCUUGGUAUCUAUAUGAGGACUACCAAAAAAUAUGCUGAGUCUGUUAAAUGGUUUCAGGCCUCUUUAAACAAUGGAUCCACAAAUCAGCAGAUUUACCGAGAUCUAGCUACUUUGCAAUCGCAGAUUGGAGACCUAAAAGGUGCAUUAGUAUCCAGGAAAAAGUACUGGGAAGCAUAUUUGGGGUAUCGCGCAAACUGGACAGCUCUAGCGAUAGCACAGGACAUCAAUGGUGAGCAUCAACAGGCAGUGAACACGUUGUCUCAAUUUGAAAAGUUAGUUGAGGGUAAACUGGUGAAGCAGAGAUGUACGAGACACAAUGAAUGUCUAAUGUACAAGAACGAGAUAAUGUACAGAGCUGCGGGAAACAACAAAGAAAAGCUUCAAAAUGUGCUAAAACACCUGAACGAUAUCGAGCCAAACGUUUAUGACAAAUACGGGUUGCUGGAAGAGAAAGCCUCGAUUUAUAUGAAACUUGGCGAAUUGAAAGAGGCUUCCAAAAUUUACAGAACCUUGAUUAAAAGGAAUCCGGAUGACUUUAGAUACUACAAACUGCUCGAGGUUGCACUUGGAGUCCAAGGUCACAUCCCUCUUAGAAAGGCCCUUUAUGAGAAGUUGCAAAGCUUUUACCCCAGAAGCGAGCCACCGGUGUUCAUUCCUCUGACUUUCAUUGAGGAUGAAAAGGAACUGAGUCAAAAAUUGAAGGAUUACAUUAUCCCACAGUUACAACGAGGUGUUCCUGCAGCCUUUUGUAACGUAAAACCUUUGUAUCAGGCGAGAGCGUCUGUUGUUCCAUCGCUUUUGGAACAAAUUGUGGUCGAUUAUUCGCUAACGCUUGAUCCAACCAAGGAGCCGCUACCUUACAUUUGGACAUGUUACUAUCUUGCUCAACAUUUCCUACAUCUCAAACAGUUCCAAAAAUCUCAAGAGUUUAUUGACAGGGCCAUCAAACACACCCCAACUUUGGUUGAGCUGUACAUUUUUAAAGGCCGUGUGUUGAAGCAUCUAGGCUUACUGGAAGAAGCGGCCGAAACUCUUGAAGCUGGAAGAAAACUGGACUUGCAAGAUAGAUUUAUCAAUACAAAGACGGUGAAAUAUUACUUGAGAGCGAACAACAUCGAAAAGGCCACAGAUAUUGCUUCUCUUUUCACCAAAAAUGAUGACUCCGUCAAUGGUAUUAAGGAUCUCCAUCUUGUUGAAGCAGCUUGGUUCAUUAUCGAGCAAGCCGAGGCCUAUUACAGAUUGUAUGUUACUUCCUCACGCAAAUUGCAGAAUUUGGUCACAAAAGCAGAAGAACUAGAAGCUAAAGAGGAUCCCGAGGUCGAAGCCCUCAUUCGCGACAUAAAGAUCGAGGAAUGGGAAACAAAAAAGAACCAAGGAUUGGCUCUUAAAAGAUUUCAAGCCAUUAGUAAGUUUUAUGAUCAAUUUGAAGACGACCAACUAGACUUCCACUCCUACUGCAUGAGAAAGGGAACCCCAAGAGCAUACAUUGAUAUGUUGAAAUGGGCCAAAACCAUCUACACCAAGCCUGUCUAUGUGCGUGCUCUGAAGGGAGCCUUCAAAAUAUACUCGAAAUUGCACGACAACUCAAAAUUGACCGAAGAGGAAGAUAUCUUCAGCAGGAUCAGCAAGUUAAUGAAGAGGCAUGCGAAGAAAGCAAAGAAGGAGACCUCUACGAUUAACAAAGGUAAAAACGAGGAAAAGAAACAAGUAUUGGCUUACCCCGAAGCUGAUGAUGAAGAUGUAUUUGGUACUGACUUGUUGAACACAAAGGAACCACUAAAAGCUUUUAGCGAGACUUUUUACAGCAAGUAUUCUGAGCAAGUUACUGAGCUGGAAAAAGACUAUCCACUUGAAUUUAACUUCCAAUACAGGAGCGGAAAGCUGGCUUUGUGUCUUGCCGCACUCUCCAAAUACACUAAAUACCAUGGCCAAAAAUGCGGUCUCGCUGGCGCUAUGGCAAUUACUCUACUUUUGUCCACUAAGGAUGAAGCGUCCUUCGAUGUUAUUGGUAAAAAAGUAGCCAUUAAAGGUUUAGAAAGUUUGUUUCCAGAACUCCCAUCUAGCGAGAAGGACAAAGAGGAGUUUGAUUGGCUCAACUACUUCACAGAAAACUUUAACGGUCAUGAUUUAAACGCUCUUUCAUUUAUUUACGGCUACAAGAACCUUUUUGAUAGCUCGAAAGUGAAAGAAAUGAUUCUACAAGAACUGGCCAACUGUGAGCCAUUUACUCAGAACGCUGUUCUACAAUACAAAUUGUAA